AUGACACGGAGAUUGUCGCAAAAGCCACUGUGUAAUUUCUAUCAUUCCUGGCUAUUUUGGUCGCAGCGAUGGCAAUAUGGAAGCUUCCUGGCUUGGAAGAAAACAGGUGUCAUCUCCAAUGCAACAUGUUCGUGGAUUGGUGGCGAGAUUCUGUGCUCCGUUACAGCGUUCAUCUCCUCCAAGUUCCCAAGCUGGUCUUUUCUUAUCGUGUUUAUAAUGUGCCUGCUUCGUUUCCUAGUUACAAGGCCUUUGUACUACAGAAACCAAGUUACAUAUCCAAGAGUACAGAGGGCACUUAUAGUCGGUCUGUUAUGGCCUUGCGCUCACCUUAUCCUUCCUGUUACGGGCUUUGGAAAGUUUCGUUUGUACAGGAAAGGACUUUACUGUGCCCUCGAUUUAACAACAGAGAGAUCAAAUAAUAGGAUUCUACUCUUCGCCACGAUCGUGGGAGGAAGCUUGGUCGCUUUGGCUGUGACAUAUUUCUGUGUCACUAUUUUGUGCUUUGUUAAAAGGAAGCAAAGAGUAAGCAGUUUGCUUUUCGAAAAGCAGCAGCGAGGAGCUGGCAUCGAGAAAGUUAACGAGCAACAAGGAGGUUUUGCUCGAUUAACUUUCGUGAUUGUUGUAUUGUUUUGUAUUUGCUACGUUCCAUUCUUAUCUUACCAUGUGUUUAUUCUGAUACGAGGCCCACCUUCAUACGAUGACAACACUUACUUCUACUCGGAACUACUGAUUGGAGUCGAAAAUGAAUAUGGACGAAGCAUGGAGUCAGUUGAGGAAGAUGUCUGCGUUUUCUACAAGAACACAAAGUAUUUUGGAAUAACAGGUCUCAGUUUCCCUUAG